GUGUGAUCCCGCGCCCGCCCGGGAGGCCGGCUGCGGGCGCUGAGGCGGCGACGGCGGGAGUCGCUGCUGAGGCGGCCGCGGGCGCGGGUCGUGUCAGCGCAGCUCCUCGGGGCCGGGCCGGGCUGGCAGCAGCUGGCGCCUGGCGGUGAGGGCGGGCUCCCGGGGUGGGCGGAAUGGCCCCCACCUAGGGCCGUGGGAGUAGCGGCUGAGCCCAGGAUGCUGAGGAGGCGGCGCGGCGGCUCCUCACUUAUUCCAGAUGUUGGUCAUCUUUCUGAAGUAGACUGUCCAUGGCCUGAAUGUUUUCUGAAAAUCAUUUGGAGCAAAAUAUCUGUUUAAUAGCAAGAUAAUCACAUCAAGAUGGUUGGAAAACUGAAGCAGAAUUUACUAUUGGCAUGUCUGGUGAUUAGUUCAGUGACUGUAUUUUACUUGGGCCAACACGCCAUGGAAUGCCAUCACCGAAUAGAAGAACGUAGCCAGCCCCUCAAACUGGAGAACAUAAAGACCACUGUGCGAACUGUCCUGGACAUCAAAGCCAAUAAAACCUUUGCCUAUCACAAAGAUAUGCCUUUAAUAUUUAUUGGAGGUGUGCCACGGAGUGGAACCACGCUCAUGAGGGCCAUGCUAGAUGCACACCCUGAUAUUCGCUGUGGAGAGGAAACCAGGGUCAUUCCUCGAAUCCUGGCUCUGAAGCAGAUAUGGUCACGGUCGAGUAAGGAGAAAAUACGCUUGGAUGAGGCUGGUGUCACCGAUGAAGUGCUGGAUUCUGCCAUGCAGGCCUUCUUACUAGAAAUCAUUGUGAAGCAUGGGGAGCCAGCCCCUUAUUUAUGUAAUAAAGAUCCUUUUGCCCUGAAAUCCUUAACUUACCUUGCUAGGUUAUUCCCCAAUGCCAAAUUUCUCCUGAUGGUCCGAGAUGGCCGGGCAUCAGUGCAUUCAAUGAUUUCUCGAAAAGUUACCAUAGCUGGAUUUGACCUGAACAGCUAUAGGGACUGUUUGACCAAGUGGAAUCGUGCCAUCGAGACCAUGUAUAACCAGUGUAUGGAGGUUGGCUAUAAAAAAUGCAUGUUAGUUCACUAUGAGCAACUUGUCUUACAUCCAGAACGAUGGAUGAGAACAGUCUUAAAGUUCCUCCAAAUUCCUUGGAACCAUUCAGUAUUACACCAUGAAGAGAUGAUUGGAAAAGCUGGGGGAGUAUCUCUCUCAAAAGUGGAGAGAUCUACAGACCAAGUCAUCAAGCCAGUCAAUAUGGGAGCUCUAUCAAAAUGGGUUGGGAAGAUACCUUCAGAUGUUUUACAAGACAUGGCAGUGAUUGCACCCAUGCUUGCCAAACUUGGAUAUGACCCAUAUGCCAAUCCACCUAACUAUGGAAAACCUGAUCCCAAAAUUCUUGAAAACACCAGAAGGGUCUACAAAGGAGAAUUUCAGCUACCUGAAUUUCUUAAAGAAAAACCUCAGUCUGAGCAAGUGGAGUAGCAGAGCCAGGAACCUCUUACAUACAUGAGGGAAGACUGCUGCCUUUUUGGCCACAGAGAAAUUUCUAGGACUGGCUGUCCCCUGCUGAGAUCAGUGGAGCGUAUGUACCAGGCCUCCAUCUCCUGCUUAUUUGCCAGUCUCCUUCCUCUGAGAGGGUGGGAUGUCAGCACACGCUGGGACCCUCCUGAGUGACCUGCUUCCCAUGUACAGCGCUCUCGAUCCUAACUCCGUGCACAGCCCUGCGGAGACGGAACCCAGUGGGGGUGUGUGCUUUCUGUUAAAACUGCUCUGGCCCUCAUCUUUUCUUACCAGAUUCCAAACUUUGUUUUCAAGGGGAGGGUUUAAAAAUGGGAUCCUGUUAGCAAAAUUGGGCAGUUUCAUCUUGGACUAGGUUGUCUGUACAUGUUCUAAUGUUUUGUAGAACACUUGUACCUGUUGAAAUGUUUGAUGUGGAUAAUGUUAAAUAUCUUAAUUAUUUAAAUAAUUCAUUGUAUUGUUUCUGAGAAGUUGAGGAAUUACCACAUACAUUUACAACUUGAUGACUUUUGUAUUUUAUUUUUCAAAAUAAAAGCUCUAAAUGUGAAGCA